GGGAAUGCAGCCCCAAUUGGGUGGUAAGCCCCAUCCAAGGCUAAAUAUGUGCGAGGGACCGAUAGCGAAGAAGUACCGCGAGGGAAGGAUGAAAAGAACUUUGAAAAGAGAGUUAAGGAGUGCUUGAAAUUGUCGAGCGAGAAGCGGAUGGAGGGGAAGUCAUGCGCUCCCGUCUGGGCAGGGGUGGACGGCGACUGUGUUGUCGCCCCCCUUGUUGGACGUGGGGUGCCUGCCAGCAUGGGCUGCUGUGACCGGCAUUGCGGUGGGGAGCGAUUGAAACCCCCCACGGGUGCCCGUCACGGUAGUCGAGGACCUUGAGCACGCGCCUCUUUCGGCGGGCCCGUUCGGGUUCCUGCGUGUUCGGGAUGCUGGCGAAAUUCCUCUAUCCUGCCCGUCUUGAAACACGGACUGAGGAGUUCAACGUGCAUGGGAGCCGGUGGGUGAUNCGGUGGGUGAUUAGCCCACGAGGCGGAAGAAACCUGAGUGGCGGGAACCCUCUGUGGGUGCACCGUCUGCCAACCACGAUCUGCUGUGAGAGGUUUGAGUGUGAGCAUGCCCGUUGGGACCCGAAAGAUGGUGAACUAUGCCUGAGCAGGGCGAGGCCAGAGGAAACUCUGGUGGAGGCUCGCACAGCGAUACUGACGUGCAAAUCGUUCGUCGGACUUGGGUAUAGGGGCGAAAGACUAAUCGAACCGUCUAGUAGCUGGUUCCCUCCGAAGUUUCCCUCAGGCUCGCAUGAGCUCUCCAGCCUCUUUAAAGGUCUUGGCUAUGGAGUACUUCAUGUGAAAAACACAGGGAAAAUGUUCAAACAGCAGCUGCCGCUACCAUUCUCCCUUUUCCUCCGUGCCUCAGGUCAGAUGCCAUGUCAACCUGUGACGUAGUAAUGACCCAGCGCCUCUAGAUACCGCGCGUGCGUCAAGCGCCAUCCCCCAUCU